CACGUCUCCGAGAGCGAACAUCUCACUCUCUCGCGAGCGCAGCGCCCCGCGCGUGAUUUUCCCAACACAUACACACCGCCGGCUCGAUCGUCGCAGAGAAAAAUCUUCAGAUCUGCUUCGGCCGUCGUCCGAGACGGUCCCGUCUCGCAGAGAGCGCACGCAGUGCUGAAUGUGAAAAAAACUUAUAAACUCAUAACCAAACAAACGCAUAGUGUAAUCUUCUGGUCAGUGUGUUGUUUAACUUCGUAAAUCCGACCGAUGACAGUUUCACGGAUUUAGCGGAGGAAAAAUUUGGACUGAUGGAUUACCAAAUUAUCAAACCAAGAAGAUAGUUACGAGAUGCAAGGUGUACUCUGUCUGCCACCACGACAAUUGGACCGCACCAUAGCUAAAAUCGAUGAAAUGGAAGUCACAGCUGAACCAUUAACCAAAGAAAUAAGCCAAAGCGAUUCGGGAAUCUUUUCCGCGACCGGAAAUUCAACCUUCCCCAGCAGCGUGCACGACGAAAAUAGAACGCAAUCGGAGAAUGAAACGGACAAUCGAUCCGACUGCAGCUCGCCGGAUCGAAAAUUCCUCUGCCCCAUUUGCGACCGCAUGCUCACCUCCCAGCACGAGUUCACCCUGCAUAUACGCUCGCACAACAACGACGCGGAAGCGCCGCAGGAUCCCGAAAAGGGCUAUACCUGCAGGAUAUGCUCGAAGGUGCUCAGCUCCAGCUCGAGUCUCGAUCGUCACGUGCUGGUGCACAGCGGUGAACGGCCAUUUACGUGCAAAUACUGCGGUGACACCUUCACCACCAACGGCAACAUGCAUCGGCACAUGCGCACACAUAAAGCGGAGAACUACGAAUCGGACGGUAGUGAUAGUACUGUGUCCAGCAGCGGGUCCAAGAGCAUCGAGUAUAACAACAAUAACAAAGUCGACAAAUACGACAGCAAGCGUAAAUUAAACGUGGAUGAUGAAGGAGGCUUUCAACUCCGGAAGAAACCACACUUGGAGAUUGAAGAAGAGACAUUCAAGUGUCCUGUGUGCAGUCGCGAUGACUUCAACUAAAAAUCUCUCGAGGUGCAUUUGGAAGAUAAUCAUCCGGAUUAUCCAGCCAAGUGUCAUCAGUGCAAUCAAAUUUUCAAUAAUCAGAAACGACUCAAUUAUCAUAAAUUGACCGUGCACGCUGAUGAUACGAAUGGAAAGUCGAAGAACGUGGUUGUUGGAUUCAAACACAUCGAUUAUGUUGAUUUCACCAGCGAGAAGUUUCCUCACAUUGCGCGGCACGAGUGCGAAAAGGUUUUCCACAAGUCAGCGGUGGGGCCAAGAUACACGUGCAGCAAAUGUUCCAGGGCGUUUCCUUGUGACAAGUCUUUGGAGUUUCAUAUGAAAGAAUGUGGGAACCGUGAGAAAAUCCUUGAUGUUCCACGUGCUGCUGCUAAUAUCAAACGGGAUGAGUUUUUCCGACAUUUGGAUUUGGAGGAUAACUCCUUUGAUAAACAUCAGGCAUUGAAGACGCUUCCGUUUAUGCUGGGACAAGGUUUGACUAAGAAUAACAUUGAAGAAGCGAUCAAAUCAAUGGAUCAUAAUAAAGACUUGGCGGAUAUUCCUUCGAUUAUUUCAAUGACGCACGGGAGUUUCCUGCAGCAAUUCCAAGGAAAAUCGCAUGAAAUCUCUCAGUUGGAGAAUGAGAAGACAGAGGAGGAAGAAUCUCAGGAUGUGUUUGCGCAGGAGUUUAGAAAGAUGAAGUUGAGGGGUGAAUUCCCUUGUCGGCUUUGUACAUCGGUGUUUCCCAAUUUGAGGGCCUUAAAAGGUCACAAUCGCAAUCAUUUGAAUAGUGCUCUUAAUGGUACUUAUAGGUGCAACAUGUGUCCGCAUUCUUCACUGGAUAAAGCAGCUUUGAUUCGUCACAUGCGUACUCAUAAUGGUGACCGUCCAUACGAAUGCUCCCUUUGCAACUAUGCUUUUACUACGAAAGCAAAUUGUGAACGCCAUUUGCGCAAUAGACACUCAAAAAAUACGCGUGAAGAAGUCAAGAAAGCCAUCAUUUAUCAUCCGUCUGAGGAUCCUACCAACGAAGAUGUUAACAAACAUUCCAUGGAUGCGAAGAAACUCAACACUAGCAGCAACUCGAUUGACUCAAGCGAAAUGAACUCAAUUCGUAGUUCCACUCCUAAUAGCAUUCCGCCUGCAUUCCCUGAUGUGCAUAUUACCAAAGAUUUUCCUACAUUAUUCCCGAUUGUACCUAAAAUGCCAACUGUUAAUGAGCUAAUCGCGGAGAACCGUGCAAAGGAUGCCAACUGGACUUCACAAUUUGCAACUUCAACUCCAAACAAACCAAUUCCAAGCAUCAGAGUCAAAGAUGUGAAUGUUUUGAAGAAAAUCCCCGAACAAGAACCCUACUCUGAUGAGGAGGACAACGAACCCAUGGCACUGGAUCUUAGUAAGAAAAAUCCCGCCAAGGAGCAAAACAGUUCCAGAGCUGAAGAUGGCGAUGCGGAUGCAUCUGCUAAGAAUCAAAUUCCAAAUUUCCCAAUGACAGACAUUUUGACUCAACAACUCCUCAAGAGUUCCCCGGCAGCUGAUCCUGCGUUAUCGGCAAUUUUUGCUGCCCAUUUGGCAUGGUACAGAAAUUGUAUGCCCGGCUUUCCGUUAAAUCCUUUAAAUCCUCUUAUGAUUCCAACAAUGCUUCCUGACCCGCCAAUGUCCCCGGAAACAAAGGACCGACUUCAAAGACAACUCAGUGGUGGCGGCAUUAAAAAUAUAUAUCCGCCAAACUAUCCACUCUUUAGCGACAUGAAAGUUGAAUCUCAACCUCCGAAAGCAGAGGAAAUGAAACCGCUCACGUUGAAUGUGGACAACUUCAAUGAGAAUAUCCAAAUGAAGAGCAGUCCAGUAAUGCAACCGAAGGCAGAACUGCUUCAAUCGCCAAACUCGGUUAAGAUGGUUAUUAAGAAUGGAGUCUUAAUGCCCAAACAGAAACAACGCAGAUAUCGCACAGAAAGACCUUUCUCCUGUGAGCAUUGCGCAGCCAGAUUUACUCUGCGUUCUAAUAUGGAGAGACAUAUUAAACAGCAACAUCCACAGUAUUGGUCACAGCGUCAGAGGUCAUCGAUGGGUAAUCCAGGACGCAAACCAAAUUUACCACCGGCGAUGAAGAGUCCUAUUUGUGAGCUCAGUAUUCCAACCUAUGAAGCAUCAAAAUCGCUUGAUUUGGAAGACAACAAAACUUCAGUUGCUGAGAAACUGAAAUAUGCCAUAUUGUCGCAGCAUUUACGAGCAGCCCAGGAGAGAGAACUUGGAAGAAAAGAUGAACCUGAAGAUGAUGCCGAUGCGUUGGUCAUUGAUGAACCUGAAGAUUCACCUAAACCAGAACCAAUCAAGCCAGAAACACCAAAAUCAAGGAUUUUGGAGGAUAAAUUAAGAGAAUUGAGGGAUAGGCAAUUGUUGAAAGAGAAGCAAUUUGAACGAGAAGCAAACAACAAGAAAGCAGAAGACGCUUCCGAUUUGGUUCCUGUUUCCCGGCUUCUGGUAAAUGCUUCACAACAACAAAAUGAGUUCAAGGAGUAUUUCCGUCCAGAGCAGGAAGAGAAUGAAAUUAGUGAGGAAGAUGAAGAAGGAUUGGUUGCCAGUGGUAGCACAAGUGAAGGAAACUCUGGAACUGAUGAAAAUAGGGAAAGUGAUAAUCACACAAGCCAACCAGAAAAGAAGAAGUCCGCAUAUUCACUAGCACCUAACCGUGUAAGCUGUCCGUAUUGCAGUCGAAAGUUCCCAUGGACAUCAUCCCUACGCCGUCACAUUCUCACCCACACUGGUCAGAAACCUUUCAAGUGCAGCCAUUGCCCACUCCUGUUCACUACCAAAUCCAACUGCGACCGUCACUUGCUUCGCAAGCAUGGUAACACUGCUACCACCAUAUCCAAUGAGACCGCAAAUAGCUUCAUGAUGCGCAACGUACCCGAACGCCCUUUCAAGUGCUCCAGUUGUCCAUCCAGCACAUUUUCUACCUAUUCAAAUCUGAAGAAGCACAUGAUUUCCAAACACGGGGCGCAGGAUGACCGCCAAGGUUACGAAGCCGGUAGCUCUGAGGACGAGAAGAACAACAGCGAUCAUAAGUCCGAUUGGGAGGCACAGAUCUCACAUUCCAAGGCAACUCUGAGUCUUAUUCCUGACAAUGCACAUCUCACUCAGAACUCGGAUUUACCUUUCAAGUGUCACCUCUGCGAUAACUCGUUUGCGGAACGCCAGGAAUCUCUCGAUCACAUCCGAGACAAACAUGCCUCCGAGUAUGAUCUCCUCAUGAGCAAAAACGCCUUGGAUGCUAACGCCUCCACACCAGAAGAGAGCAACCACAAUGAUGAUGAGGAUAAUGAAACUAUCCGUGGGAAGUUCCCUGACUACUCCAAUCGUAAAGUAAUUUGCGCUUUCUGCAUGCGUCGCUUCUGGUCGGCGGAGGAUUUGAGGAGACAUAUGCGAACGCACACUGGCGAGCGACCAUUCAGCUGUGACAUUUGCCGGCGGCGAUUCACUCUGAAGCAUAGCAUGUUGCGCCAUCGUAAGAAGCAUAAUCUCGCCUUCGGCCAACAGGACAUCGCACAGUCUGAUGAAGAAACCGCGCUGGAAAAGCACCACGUUGAGCCCAACACGGUAACAACCUGCGAAUCAUCCGAUAAGGAGAAAGACGAUUCGGAUGUGAACGAAGGUAGCGAUUUGAUAAGCAAUUUGUUGGGGAUUAGAGACCGUUCGCUGAUGGAACAAGUUCUCACCGGGUCGGCGGACGACGCGGCGAAAUUAUUAGGCGUCGGCAAGGAAUAGCGACUUGAAACGACCGUUUCAGAUUAAUUAAUAUUAAAUAAGUAUUGAUUUUGAGUGGAAUAAUUAGUCUUAGAAUUGUUGAAUCAAAUAAUUUGCACGCAAAACGAUUUGAUUUAACAAUUUUGUACAUAACUGCAUUUAAAAACGUAAAGAUUUCAAAAGAAUCUAGUCAGGUUUUUCCAACGAAUUACUUCAGAAAUGUAGUGUGUAGAUUUGUGGCGUUUUGGAGUGAAUAUUUAAUAUUUAAAUAAUCUUGAAUAGUUUCAAAAUCAAAAUAUAUUAAAGUAAUUUUAUAUCUUAAUUAUUAUUAUUAGUUGAUAGUGUUCAGUAUAUGGUACUUAAAAAGUCAAUGAUUCCAAAAAUUGCAAAUCCAAAAAUUAAACUUUAUGAUAUAUCGAGAAGCGAGAAAAUGCUAUUAUUAUAUUAUUGUUACUUUUAUUUAUAUUAUUGUAUAUACAUAUAUCAACUAUCAACACAUGGAGAAUCAUAAAUACGGUCUAGAAUACCAAAUACUAAGCAAGAAUUUGAAUGUUCGUUCAAUUGUAUAAAUAGACGAAUGAACAUUGCGAAUUUCGUCUUUGUUUAUAACUACAUUUUAGUUGGUAUCGUAAGCAAUAAUUUGUCAUCAACUGCGUACGCUCUGUAAAGUAUUUACUGUAUAAAAUUGGCGCUAUAUAACACACCCAAUCAUUUUCGACGUUUCCAAACGUCCGAUGGUGAAUUUUAGCAUUUAGUAGAAGUAAUUGUAGUCGGCACACGAUUUUCGUUCAUAAGUGCACUUAAUAUAUUUAAUCAUUACUUGAUAUAUACAUAACGAUUGUCUACACAUUCACGCAGUGUCUUAAAACGUAAUUCGAUGCUUGAGAAGUGCAAAACUAUUAUCUCAGCCUGUUGAUUGUAUGGAAAACAUGUGUAAAAUUUCUAGAAUCGACAGAUCGGACAUAAUGAUAUUUGAAACGGAGCUUCUUCGCAAAAGCACAUUUAACUAAUAGUUGUAAGAAAUGGAGUUGUAUAACGUAAUUAACGAAAACUAAUAACUAUCAUAAAAGCAAUUGUGAGUGACUUAAAUAUAUCGUAGAAGUUUUUUCGUGUACAUCUGAUAUACUUUUAGGCGGUUGCGCCGCGGUUUUGUUGUGCUGCUCGACUAAUUCAAUGAUUGAUAGAAAGCUGAUUGAGUCUAUAUAUACCUUUUUCGUUUUAUUAAUGUAUAAUUACGAAAUGGUGGGUUUUCCUUACCAUCGAAUAUGCCAUAUAUGAUACAUACUUAUUUUACUAUUGCGCUAUAUUAUAACGAAUUUGAUAUAAAAUAAUGUUCACUACCCGUACAGGUGAUUCUUACUAAAUUAUAUGUUUGUCAUUUAUUUUAAUAAUUAUAAUUUGAUGCUGUUUGGUUAUAUUUCGAUUUAAAUAAUAAAUUAUGCUCAAAAAUA